UGUUGUGUUUCUUCCGGUCCACAGCGGUGGAGACCCAGAGCACCAGCUCAGAGGAGAUGGUGCCCAGUUCCCCGUCUCCGCCCCCCCCGCCCCGCGUCUACAAGCCCUGCUUCGUGUGCCAGGACAAGUCCUCGGGGUACCACUACGGAGUCAGCUCCUGUGAGGGCUGCAAGGGUUUCUUCCGGCGCAGUAUCCAGAAGAACAUGGUGUACACCUGCCACCGGGACAAGAACUGCCAGAUCAACAAGGUGACACGCAACCGCUGCCAGUACUGCCGGCUGCAGAAGUGCUUCGAGGUCGGCAUGUCCAAAGAAGCGGUGCGUAAUGACAGGAACAAGAAGAAGAAGGAGGUGAAGGAGGAGGUGGUUCUUCCGGAGAGCUACGAGCUGAGUGGAGAGAUGGAGGAGCUGGUCAACAAAGUCAGCAAAGCCCACCAGGAGACCUUCCCCUCUCUGGGCCAGCUGGGCAAAUACACCACCAACUCCAGCUCGGACACCCGUGUCCAGCUGGACCUCGGCCUGUGGGACAAGUUCAGCGAGCUCUCUACCAAAUGCAUCAUCAAGAUCGUGGAGUUUGCCAAACGCCUCCCUGGAUUCACCACCCUCACUAUCGCGGACCAGAUCACCCUGCUGAAAUCAGCCUGCCUGGACAUAUUGAUGCUGAGGAUCUGCACGCGCUAUACUCCGGAGCUGGACACCAUGACCUUCUCGGACGGCCUGACUCUAAACCGCACUCAGAUGCACAACGCCGGCUUCGGCCCGCUCACAGACCUGGUGUUCGCCUUCGCUGGCCAGCUGCUUCCCCUGGAGAUGGACGACACGGAGACCGGCCUCCUCAGCGCCAUCUGUCUCAUCUGUGGCGACCGCAUGGACCUGGAGGAGCCCCAGAAGGUGGACAAACUUCAGGAGCCUCUGCUGGAGGCCUUGAAGAUCUACGCCCGGCGCCGGCGCCCCAACAAGCCUCACAUGUUCCCCCGCAUGCUGAUGAAGAUCACCGACCUCCGGGGCAUCAGCACCAAGGGGGCGGAGAGAGCCAUCACCCUGAAGAUGGAGAUCCCCGGGCCCAUGCCCCCGCUGAUCCGGGAGAUGCUGGAGAACCCGGAGGCCUUCGAGGACCAGACGGAGCGCAACGACAGCACGCCGCCGCCGCCGCCCCCGCCGCCGCCGCCCCCGCCCCCGGCCGUCCCCGUCAUGAAGCAGGAGGUGGAGGACGCGGACGACGGCUGGGCGGCGGGCCACGGCAUCCAGCCCUCCCUGGAGGAGGAGGAUGAGGAGGAGGAGGAGGAGGAGGAGGAGGAGUAUGACGAGGAACAGGACAGGGCGUCAGACAGUGAGGGCGAGGCCUGGGGAGCCCUGGACCACAUGGACGGGGACCGCAACUCUGGGGCCCGCCUGGGACGGGCCCAGUGAGCCGACCGGGAGCCUCCUGUACACAGACUCACGCACGCACACAUGCAUUGAAAUGUACACGUACACGUACACACACACACACACACACACACACACACACACACACA